AUGGCUGCCUCUGUUUUGCUCCGCGCUCCGGUGCGAGCAUGCCUCCGAGCUCCAUCUAGCUCGCUUGGAGCUUCAGCUCUGACACGGUCACAGAAUGCAUCAAGAUACAUACCGGCCCUGUCCGCCCUCGCCCGUCUCUAUGCCUCGAAAUCAUUUCCUCCUCAUACAGUCGUUAGCAUGCCAGCAUUAUCACCUACGAUGACAGCGGGAAAUAUUGGGACAUGGCAGAAAAAAGCGGGAGAUGCAAUUGCGCCAGGAGAUGUGCUGGUAGAGAUUGAGACAGAUAAGGCGCAAAUGGACUUCGAAUUCCAAGAAGACGGUGUGCUUGCCAAGAUCUUGAAGGACUCUGGCGAGAAAGACGUUGCGGUUGGGAAUCCAAUUGCUGUUAUGAUUGAAGAGGGUGGAGAUGUCUCAGCUUUCGAGUCAUUCAGUCUCGAUGAUGCAGGAGGUGAGAAAGCACCACCGAAAGAUGCGCCGAAGGAAGAGGCAGCAGAAUCCUCCGAGCCUUCAGACUCAGGGUCGAAGACGUCGCCCGAUACCCUUAGCAAAGACGAGCCAAAGUCAGCGCCUCCGCCAGAACCACAGGAGUCGGAAUCUUCGGGUGGGAGACUGGAAACGAGCUUAGAUCGUGAGCCUAAAGCCAGUCCCUCUGCGAAAGCUCUUGCACUUGAGCGUGGUGUACCGAUCAAGCAAAUCAAGGGUACCGGUCCAGGUGGCAGGAUUACAAAACAAGACAUUGAGAAGUUCAAGCCUGAAUCAAGCGCAGCGCCAACAGCGGCCGCGGCGGGUGCUCCAACAUACGAAGAUAUUCCAGCAAGCUCGAUGCGAAAGACCAUUGCCAACCGCCUUACCCAGUCUUUCAACCAAAAUCCACAUUAUUUCGUUUCCGGGACUCUCUCCGUCACAAAGUUGCUUAAACUCCGACAAGCUCUCAAUGCCUCGGCAGACGGAAAAUACAAACUCUCGGUCAACGACUUCCUCAUCAAAGCUUCCGCCGUCGCCUGCAAGAAGAUUCCCGCAGUGAACUCAAGUUGGCGUGAGGUUGGUGGUCAGGUCGUCAUACGCCAGCAUAAUACUGUGGACGUCAGCGUUGCCGUCGCUACACCCAUUGGCCUUAUGACGCCCAUCGUCAGGGGUGUGGACAGCCUGGGCUUAGAGGGUAUCUCGGCGCAGGUUAAGGACCUGGGCAAGCGCGCAAGAGAUGGAAAGCUGAAGCCAGAAGAGUACCAGGGCGGUACGUUCACGAUCAGCAACAUGGGCAUGAACGCAGCGGUUGAGCGAUUUACGGCUGUCAUCAAUCCUCCGCAAGCCGGUAUCUUGGCGGUGGGCACUACGAAAAAGGUCGCGAUACCGUCCACUUCAGAAGAUGGAGGAGUUGAGUGGGACGAUCAGAUCGUGGUGACCGGAAGCUUUGACCAUAAGGUGGUAGAUGGUGCCGUUGGAGGAGAGUGGAUUAGGGAGUUCAAGAAAGUGGUGGAGAACCCACUGGAGAUGAUGCUGUGA